CUCUGUGGGGACAGGAGCACUCUACUCUCCAGCUGGGACAAAAAACUGUUUUUUCAAGUCUUUUGAGGAUCAUUUGUUAACUUUCUUUGGAUUAAAACUUUGUUUUCUUGUUUGACUUUCGGAUCAAGAGAAGCUGUGGAGAACUUUUUUAUUUUUCUUCCCCCCCAGCUGUGUCAUCUUUCUUUGCGUCUCUAACUUGAAGUUUGAGUAUGACACUCGGCUGCAGUGUAGUUGUGCUCAUCUUUUAUCUCACAGCUGGCUCAGAGGCAACAGUGUACGACACCUACACUGACUUUGUAGAAGAGGACUCCACACCUCAACUAGACUACAAAGAUCCGCACUGGUGUCAUUCUCCACAUCUGCCCAAUGGGGAGGUGAUCUGCCAUUCCCCUCGAGGUGGAGGUCACCAGAGCACGUUGGAUACCCGCUGCGAGAUGACCUGCGACCGAGGAUACCGGCUGAUAGGGAAGAACUCGAUUCAGUGCCUCGCCAGCCGUCGUUGGUCUGGGACUUCUUACUGCCGCCGGAUGCGUUGCCAUGUGCUACCCCUCAUCCCAUACGGCAGAUACACCUGCACUGAAGGCUUCGUGGUGGACUCCAGAUGUGAUUUCACAUGUGACACUGGCUACCGCGUAGAGGGGGAACACUCACGCACCUGUCAGCACGGGGGGACAUGGACCGGGGUGCAGCCAGUUUGUUCAGAUACUGAUCCUCCAAAGAUUAGGUGUCCUCUGUCCAGACUCAAGAUUGCAGAGCCUGGAAAACUCACUGCCAGUGUGAACUGGGACCCCCCCACUGCCUCGGAUACUGCUGAUAAAUCACUCGAUGUGAUAUUAGUAGGCCCGGAGCCAGGCAGUGACUUCAAAGAGGGACCUCACAUAAUCCGGUACAAGGUGUAUGAUCAAGCCAGGAACAGAGCUGCCUGCAAGUUUAUCGUUCGUGUUGAGGUGAGAAGAUGCCUUGAACUUUCUCCACCUCUGCACGGCUACCUCACCUGCUCCUCUGAUGGGAAUAACUACGGAGCAACUUGUGAGUACCACUGUGAUGCAGGAUAUGAGCGGAGGGGGGUGUCGAGCCGCGUCUGUCAGUUCAACCGCAGCUGGGCUGGAAGUCCUGCUGAGUGUGUCUUAAUGGAGAUUAAAUCAGACGUAAAGACAACGGCUGCUCUCCUGGAUCAGUUCUAUGAAAAGAGGAGGCUGCUGAUCCUAUCUGCACCCAACAUCUCUGACCCGGACUACCAGAUGCAGAACAUCAUGAUACAAAAAUCAGACUGUGGAUUAGACCUGCGACACGUAACAGUGAUCGAGAUCCUGGGCUCCCCGCCACGUGAGACGGGUCGCAUCAAGGAAAGUCAACUGACCUCUGAAGUCAUUGAGGGUUUGAGGCAGGUUUUCAGGAUCUCCAGAUCCUACUUCAGCAUGGUGCUCCUGGAUGAGCGCGGACGAGACCGAGAGCGCUUCAUUAUCCCGAUGGCUUCAGAUGAGCUCUUCUCCUACAUCGAUAGCUUCCUGCUGGACGAAGAGGAACGUGAGAGGCUCGAGCUCCACAGAGAAUUCUGUGAUUAGUUUGAUAAAAGCACUCUGGUUGCAACGUUGAUAUUCGUCAGUAUUACUAACACAAGAUGAGGAGGGACAAGCAAGAAAAUAGGUCCAGAAGAACUGCAGGAGGGGGAAAAAAAGUGGACAAGAAUGCAGUUUGUCACGUUCAAAUGUGAUCAGUAUACGACACUGAAGUGCCAUUACUGUUUCUCUGUAACAAAUCAUCAGCUGAGAUUCAGAGGCCAGAAAAUCGUCACCACAUCUACAGAAAAUACAGCAGGGGAUAAAGCACAUAUACAUAAAAGCAUAAAAUAAGAUUGGAUGCAUGUUUUUAAGAAGCUGUUUUUGUCAAAUUAUUGCCUAAUAUUAGACAGAAUGAUUAACUAAUUCAGUCAACUCGAGUUGGUGGGGGCAGAUUCAAAGACUCUGGCAAGCCAACAACUGCUGCUACAAAAGACUACUGACAACAACAUGAGCAGACAGAUUGCCUUUAAGUCAGCAGGUAUUUGAGUGUUUGGGUUUGGUCAAUUUUUAUUGGGUGAACAGAAUAUUCAAGGCAACCUUGAGGUAAACAUGGAUCUGAUCACACUCCAGUAGGAAGUUAACAGUUCAAAUCUACAUUUAAAUCUACAAAUAGACAAAUUUAAUUAUUUCAAAUAAGGCUUUUCAUGCUACUAAUAUAAAUAUAUUUUUUACAUAAUAGUAGUAACGCAAAGUACAAUGGAUACAUAAUAGUGUGGAUUAAAACAAGCACAAUUUGUUGUAUGCAAUAGCAGAAAUUUUGUGUAACAUCAGUCUAUAAUGGAUUGUUUUUCAAAAUAUCAGUAAUAAAGAAAAGAGUAACAAAAUUACACAAUUUCUGUGCUGAGUGAUGUGUGUGAUUUUGAAUUGAGCCUGAAAUUAAAAACAUAUGACUGUCAGUGCUCCUUGAAUAAAUCAAGAGUUUAGUGUUGUGAUGCUUUGGCACAUUUUUAACAGUAACAUCUGUUUGCAGUCGGCAGGAGACGUGCUAGAGUCCGAGGAGGCAGGUGUGAGCAGAUAUUUAAUGUUCAGCGUGUCUGCUUACAGCCAAUCAACUGAGUCUAUUCAUCUCCAAGUGCAAGUCUGUUGCAAUAAUCUUACUAAAUAAAAUAAAUCCACAAUCAAAUAUUUGUUUCAGACCC